AUGAAAGAUUUCGCCGAAAUCCAAGAAUUCUUUCGGUGGAAAAAGGAGAAAGGGUUUGAAACUCAAAAAGAAGAUAUCAGAAGGCUUCUCAGGAGAGCUAUAUCGGGGGAAGGAAUGGUUGAUAGAGUAGAACUCAUAGAAGGUCUUCGACAGCAGAGAAAGGACUUUUACGAAGAUCAAGCAGAAUCUCUUGUCGAUGUUUACGAACAAGAUUCUAUAUUGACUAGACGGUGUCUCCAAAGUGGACAGAUCCAGGAAGCUCUUGGACGGUAUAGAGACGCAUAUUUUCGAAACCAGCAAGAAGCUAUCCAAAAACUUUACAAAAGUUUGCCUGGAUGGGAUCCAGCUAAACCAACUGCAGGCUUCAAAGAGACGACCGGGGAUAACCAAGCAGCGCAAUAUCUAGAUCAGGCAGCAGCUGUUUUACGGAUUCGCAGACUACAGGAGGGGUGGGCUGGAGCGCGUCCCGCACGCGCUGUGCCAGAAGCUCCCAGAAAUACAAUCACGCAGUCAAGUUCACCCAUCAGAGGCACCAGACUGGGAGCUAAAUAUGGGGAAAGAACAGCAUCUCCUACGAAGCGGACGCGCCAAGAGAGGCGCCAGGGAAGUCCCCAGCCUGCUAAGAAACGCAAAAUUGAACAAACACCUCUUGACUCUCUAGAAUAUGCAAAAGAGAUAGUCGCAGCAAUCUACUGGGAUAUCAAUUGCUUUUGUCGGCUGCAAAAUAGUGUUCGCGAGGCCAUCAUUUCAGGGAAUGAUGCUCCUUUAGGUGGAACCGGUAGGCAUUAUAUUGAGGGCGCCGAAAACUUUGUCGACAAAUUCAUAUGUCAGCAAAAAGACACCGUACAAAAAAAAGAAAGCUAUGAGCUGUGCCUCGGGUUCAUCACUAGGCUGGGCUGGCAAAUGUUCGCUAUAUGUGCCCAUUCCGAAGCUUUCAGACUGGCUUGUGAAACCGAUGAAGACAUGGGUAAUAAAUCCAUGCAUUGGACACACUUAUUAAGACUUAUUAAAGAGAACAGGCGAAGCCUGGAGAUUUUUGCACGUACACGUAGCCUGCCCUGGCGUGAUGUGUUACUUAAACAUGCAAAUCAUGGGAAUGCUUUUAUCGAUCAGGAUCUUUCUUACUCCGAGGAAUCUCAGGGCUCGUCUCCUCCUCCUGGCUCAGAUUACACACCUUCUGACCUUUCUGAAGAAUCCUUUUCUGAAUCCGAGGAAUCGUCAUCUUCGGGAGAAGCUUACCAGUAUGACCCAGCAUUGUAUGAAGUGGCUGGGGCGCGGAUUCGGCGAUGGAUUGAUGAUCCUAAUGAGCCGGAUUGCCAUGUUGCCCCAUCAACUUUGACAUUUUCUCGUGUACGCCGGGAUUCAAAGUUAGAGAUGGUCCGCAGAAAUAUCCGUGUUAUGUUGAGAGAACCGUUUGAUGCGGUCGGCCUUCCUAACGAAUGGGUGAACCCCGUUCCACGAGGAAAGUCUGUGUAUCGAUGUAUCGAAGUUGACAAUAGCGAUAUCGGUAUGGGUCUAACUGCUUGGAUUGGGCCUACAGUUUGCCACGUUGACCAGCUUUGCAAUCCCGAAAGAAAUAAGAGCGUACGUUUGGAAGAAGACCGACCGCCAAUGUCUCAAAUCAUUCAGGCCAUGUAUGAGAAGUUCUUCCCUAUCUCUAGUCUACGCUAUGUCUUCGUCACCGAGGUAGUCAAUGCGAGGACUUUUCAUUUCAUCAAACGCACUCUGUACCCAGAGAACAAUAUGGAGUGGCCAAGUCGGAUGGUGCGGAGGUAUAUUCCCUCAACAUGGGAUUUUGGUACACCGGAGUAUGAUGCUUUGAUAGGUACUCCUAUUGGCAGGACCAUCAGUUACCUUGUACUACAGGCAUAUCCCAGAGGUACCCAUCGUAUUGUGCGAGUUGUCACAUGGCCUUGUUCUCCAAUCGCUGCCCAUAUGCGGUUUGACAUUGAGGCUAUUGAUGGGGCCACUGAACCCGCCAUUGAGGUGGAUUCUGCCGACGACAUAGACGAUUGGGAUUUAGUUGGUGGUCAUUCAGCUGAGGGGAACAACAGAGCUCUCAGUUUGCUACGCCCGGCCCUGGGCCCAGAAAUAUACCUGGCAAAUGAACAUCCCCACCAUAUUGUUCAGACACUAGACGGCGGCCUCAAGAGACCCAGAUUCAAUCGCCGAUUCCAGAAACACAUUAAUCAUCAUAUUUGGAAGCCCGCGGACUUUGAUUAUGCCGCAAACCCGGUGCUCGUUGUUGGACCGCGGAAGUGUAAUUUGUGUCGUAGUACAACAACGCAUGCAGAAUACAAGGUAAUCAAGGAGAAGGAUAGGAAAGCGGAUGACGACUGUGACUGUGUUUGCCGUGUUUUUGCCGGAGAUUCGGUGGAACUUCGUGAAUAUCAAGGCAAGGGAACCGGAGUUCGAGUUCUAGCCACUUACCCCCAUGAGGAAGGUGGCGUGCAUAUGGACACAUACACUGGGGUCAUUCAAGUUAAGGGGAUGCCAAAAUGUGCCGACGACCCAUAUUGCUUGAAUGUGUGCCUCGAUGUGCCUGGUCCAGACAAGGGGGUCAUAUGUCCCACAUAUUAUGGAAAUUGGACCCGAUUUAUAAACCAUUCGUGUGAUAGCAAGGCGGAGUUUCUCGCCGCGGUCGUGGGGGGCAAAUGGGUGGUGUUUAUUACCUUGAGGAAAGAUAUUUCUAUUUUCGAGGAAAUAACGGUGAACUAUGGGGAGGGAUAUCUGAAACAUGUUGAGUAUCCUUGCCUCUGUGGGUCUCCACAGUGCUGUAGCAAGAUUGGAUUCUCAAAAUAUGACGGGGGAGAAGGCAGCUCAAAGGGAAGGGGCAAGAUCAUUGUCAAGUAUGGAAACCCUAUAUGA